GUUAGGUACAUCAUCAGCCCGAGCAAUCAACCCCCCAGAACCCGGACGUCGGCAAGACGCAGCUUCACACCCAUAAAACCCUCAAACAAGCUGCAAUACCAGCCGGUUCACAUCAUCUCCCCACCUUCACAACAUGCCCCCAACAACGACCCGCCCCCCCUUCUCCUCCCUCCCUCUCGACAAGAACGGCCCUCCAGGAAAUGCCUGGGGUCUCUACGGCCCCAACGACGAACUCGGCGCCCUAAAUCUCCUCACCCCCGCCAUCGUCAAGCUCGCCGCGCAAGAAAUACAGCUCGGUGAGCGCGUCUCCCUGGAUUGGUACCUCAACCUACCGACCUACCCCUCCUUCAAUCGCCCCGGCUUUAAAUGGAGGCUCCACAGCAAAGCACCGCGGACCGUCAACGAUGACUUCAUCGACAUCAACACGCAGAGCAGCAGCCAGUGGGACGGCUUCCGGCACUAUGGGUACCAGAAGGCGAAGCAGUUCUAUGGGGGUAGGGCGCAGGCAGAGAUUGAAGGGAGUGAUGUUAUUGGGAUUGAUCGGUGGGUGGAGGCUGGCGGAAUUACGACCAGGGCGGUGAUUCUGGAUUACCCAAGGUAUCUGGAGAAGAAAGGACAGGAGAAGGUGAAUGCGCUGCAGCCGAGGAGUAUCUCGGCGGACACGCUGAGGGAUAUGUUGAAAGAAACGGGCGUGCAGACUAGGGAGGGCGAUAUGUUGCUGCUAAGGACAGGGUUCACGAGGGAUUACGAGGCGUUGAGUGAUGAGGACCGGAAGGCGCAGGCCGCGAAGCCGACAGCGGAGUUUUUGGGCGUGGAGAGUAGCAAGGACGUCUUGCAGUGGAUAUGGGAGUCGGGAUUCGUAGCCGUUGCAGGCGAUGCACCAUCGUUCGAGAUGUCGCCGCUCGUCGGGAAGCACAACGAGCCAGGCGGGAUCUGGAAGGGAGAGGCGUGGGAGGAGGAGAUGCAAGGAGGGGGGCUGAUUCAUCAGUGGUGUUUGGCUGGAUGGGGUGUUACCAUAGGGGAAAUGUUCGACCUGGAGAGACUUUGCGAGAAGGCGGAUUCGCUCGGGAGAUACACUUGCUUUGUGUCCAGCGUGCCGCUGAAGAUUCCUGGAGGUGUAGCAAGUCCGCCGAAUGCUGUGGCGAUAUUCUGAUGGGUGAAUGUCUGUGCCUCACAUAUUGACA